GCCUGCUUCUUCACUCUCUCCCACUGUUCCAGCUUCUCAAGUCCCAGAAAUAGAGAGAAGGUUGAAGAAGAUAAUCUGAUUAGUGUUAUCGAAAUUCCAAAUUUAUUUUUCUUAAGGGAAAGCUCCAGAUUUAAUCGUUUGUAUAUACAGUACUCACCUUCAACGGAGAAAAAAAGACAAGGGAUCUUCGAUUUAUAGCAACAAAAAUGUCAAUGCCACUACAACGUGGCAUCUCUGGAGUACGAGUUUCUGAUAGCAGUGAUGAUUUGAUAAUCAAUCUUCUUCCAAGCACAGUGGCGGCGAAAACGGUUUUUUCUACUGAUCCAUAUAGUGCAAGAAGCAGGCACAGAUUGAUGUUGAUGUUUCUUAAGAUAAGUUUGGUUCUUAUUGUGGUUAUUGCUCUUGCUGGAUCUUUCUGGUGGACCAUUUCCAUUUCGACUUCUUCCAGAGGUCAUGUAUAUCACAAUUAUAGGAGAUUACAGGAGCAGCUUGUUUCUGACUUGUGGGAUAUUGGGGAGAUUUCUCUUGGUCCUAAUAGGUGGAAGGAGCUGGAAUAUUGUAAUAUAGAGUCUGAGAAUUUUGUUCCUUGCUUUAAUGUUUCUGAGAAUCUUGCUCUGGGUUACUCCAAUGGUGAUGAAAAUGAUCGGUUUUGUGGGCCUGGAUCAAAGCAAGAAUGUUUAGUGUUACCACCGGUGAAAUAUCGAGUUCCUCUUAGGUGGCCGACUGGUAAAGAUAUCAUCUGGUAUUCUAAUGUUAAGAUUACUGCUCAAGAAGUUGUGUCUUCUGGUAGCAUAACCAAGAGGAUGAUGAUGAUGGAAGACGAUCAGAUAUCUUUCCGGUCAGCAUCUCCUAUGUCUGAUGAGGUUGAAGACUAUUCCCAUCAGAUCGCUGAAAUGAUCGGGAUUAAGAAGGAUAACUUCAUAGAAGCUGGUGUGAGAACUAUCUUGGAUAUUGGAUGUGGUUAUGGUAGCUUUGGGGCACAUCUAUUGUCCAAACAGAUUUUAACCAUGUGCAUAGCAAACUACGAAGCCUCGGGUAGCCAAGUUCAGCUAACACUUGAAAGGGGUCUCCCUGCGAUGAUUGGCUCUUUUAUAUCAAAGCAAUUGCCAUAUCCUUCUCUUUCCUUCGAUAUGUUGCAUUGCUUAAGAUGUGGCAUUGAUUGGGACCAGAAAGAUGGGCUUCUCCUUGUAGAAAUUGACAGGGUUCUCAAACCCGGUGGUUACUUUGUAUGGACAUCUCCGCUCACAAACCCUCGUAACAAGGAUCAUCUUAAAAGAUGGAACUUUGUUCAUGAUUUUGCUGAAAGCAUCUGUUGGACUCUUUUAAAUCAGCAAGACGAGACAGUUGUCUGGAAAAAGACAAUCAACACCAAAUGUUAUAGUUCCCGGAAACCUGGAGUGGGCCCUUCUGUGUGUACCAAAGGACACGAUGUCGAGUCUCCUUAUUACAGGCCUCUUCAGAUGUGUAUUGGUGGAACACGUAGCCGGAGGUGGAUUCCCAUUGAAGGCAGGACAAGAUGGCCUAGCCGGUCUAACAUGAACAAGACUGAACUUUCAUUAUAUGGUCUUCACCCCGAGGUGCUUGGAGAGGAUGCUGAGAACUGGAAGAUAACUGUGAGAGAAUACUGGUCUCUCUUGUCUCCUCUGAUAUUCUCUGAUCAUCCAAAGAGACCCGGCGAUGAAGAUCCAUCACCGCCUUAUAACAUGCUCAGAAACGUAUUGGAUAUGAAUGCUCAAUUCGGUGGUCUCAAUUCCGCCUUGUUGGAAGCAAGGAAAUCAGUCUGGGUCAUGAAUGUGGUCCCUACAGCUGGACCUAACCACCUCCCCAUGAUCCUUGACCGUGGCUUUGUCGGAGUUUUGCAUGACUGGUGUGAACCAUUCCCGACUUACCCGAGAACAUAUGACCUGGUACAUGCAGACAAUCUCUUGUCACUUCAGACAAGCCAGCGCCGAAAAUCAUGUCAACUUAUUGAUAUAUUCACAGAGAUUGACCGAUUGCUUCGUCCAGAGGGAUGGGUGAUAAUCCGUGACACCGUGCAGCUGGUGGAAAGCGCGAGAGCGUCAGUAACGCAGUUGAAGUGGGAGGCUCGAGUAAUAGAGGUUGAAAGCAGCAGUGAACAAAGACUUCUCAUCUGCCAAAAACCAUUCACCAAGCGACAAUCAAUCUGAAGAAGAAGAAGAACAUAGACACAGGUUUUUCUCCACCUUUUUUAAUUUUUUGUUCCAAUGCCUCACAUUUUGGUAAUCAAUCAUCCAACUUGUG